AUGUGCACGAGCGACGAGCGACGGCGGCACGCUGGGGAAAGUUACCAGGUGCAGCUGAAGGCUGUGGUGGAGGAGCUCCCUGGGCGCCUGGACACUCUUCUGGCAGAGUCCGGCUCUAACUUCAGUGUGGGCCAGCAGCAGCUCGUGUGUUUGGCUCGUGCUGUUCUGAGGAAGAACCGCAUCCUGGUCAUAGACGAAGCCACUGCUAACGUCGACCCCAGGACAGACGAGUUGAUCCAGAAAACAAUCCGAAAAAAGUUUAGUGAUUGUACCGUGGUGACCAUCGCCCACCGCCUCAACACCAUCAUUGACAGUGACAGAAUAUUAGUGUUGGACAACGGUGUAAUCCAGGAGUUGGACAGUCCCUCUGCUCUGCUGCAAAACCCAGAGGGACUCUUCUCCAAGAUGGUGCAGCAGCUGGGUCCAGCGGAGGCAUCAGCCCUGAUCCAGGCAGCAACGCAGGUCUUUAACACUUUAUUUCUCAAUGGAAUUCUGGAUAAGGCUCUUUUUAACAUGUUAGUGUUUCAUUCCAAGCAGAAUUAA